GUGGUUUUUGUUUUUAAUUUUUCAGCAUUGUACUUUAGGCCAUUAAAGUUAUACAUGAUGUGUUAAAAUAAAAAGUAGAUCUAUGUGUAAAUCCUUUUUCGAUUGCUUUGAACAAUGAAACAGAAAUGAGAAACAGAAUUAUAACAGUAACGUUGUGUUGUUGUUUGUGGGUGUUGUCAAUUCAAGGUGUAAAAUGGUUUGGACCAAAUUCCCAAUACAUGUGUCACUGUGAGGGUGACCAGUGUGACGUCAGUGGUCAAUGUGUCAACGGAUCCAAGUGUGCUCGUGGCUGGUUUGGUAUCAAGUGUCAGUAUGUUGACUUGGCCUCAGGUUUAUCUGACGUACUCACAGACGGCGAUGACAGCACGUGCACGUCAGACACGGACAUUGCCAUCGUGGACUUGCGGGAAAAGUUCCCGUUUACCUGGCUCAGACUGGUCGUCAUUGACCCAGAAGCAUCAAAACAGCUGAAAGUUUCUUUUCAUGACUAUCAAAAUCAUGGGACGCCGUCUGUGAUACAGUGUAGCGGCAUGAAAUUAUCCUACAUCAACAAUAAAACACUUGACAUUCGCUGUGACCUGUCUGUCACGGUAAACCAAGUCAUCGUGUCUGGGAGUGGUGUUAAGUCACUCUGUUCUAUUUACAUCAGUGGUGGUCGAAAUGUAGCUCUGCAUCAAGCUACAACACAAUCAAGUACUUACGUGGUAGGUUCAAGUUACGGCGUAGACGGCAUCUACAGCAUGCCUUGUACACACACAGUGCAUACAACGGAUCUGACGCCUAGCUGGAAUGUAACGUUGUCGCCACCUCAAGAUGUUAACCGGUACAGGAUCUACAACAGAUAUGAAUCCUCUACUCUGACAGCUAGUGGAAUAUGUUGCCCAGAAAGGCUACAGAAAUUUAAGCUCCAGUCCUACUCGUCCAGUGGACGGACUUUGUUUACUUACCAAGAACCAGGAACUAUUGAGAUUAUUUACAACAUCAGCACAGCUACACUGCAAGAGGGUGUCUCUAAAGUGCAGAUUAGUACAACAAUUAGAACUCUAAACUUUGGACCUAUUCUGACUUUGUGUGAAGUUGAAAUAUAUGGCGAAUGUCCUGUUGGGACAUGGGGACUAGCAUGUGAGAACAACUGUAGCAGAAACUGCUACGAGACAUCUUGUCACAGAGAAACUGGUGAAUGUGACAACGGCUGUCAGGGAUUCGAGGAUCCACCGGAGUGUACAAAUGCCUGUAGUGACGGAAAUCACGGACACAAUUGUCAAGAGAUGUGUCCAGCGCGGUGUCAAGAGGUCAAAUGUCAAACUGACACAGGCUACUGCUACAGCUGCAAGCCUGGAUAUCGUGGUGACAGAUGCGAACAGAAAUGCACCAACGGCUACUGGGGCGUCGACUGCAACCAGAAAUGCAGCAGCCAUUGUGCUGGCACAACGUGUAAUGGACAGUCCAGUCACUGUGAUCAUGGAUGUCAGGCGGGGUACCAGCUGCUCAACUGUACUCAAGUUUGUGAGAAAGGACACCACGGCAUCAACUGCACACAGACCUGCUCACCAUUUUGUCUAGACCGUGACUGUGAUCCCGUCACGGGUGACUGCAUCCGUUGUAAACCUGGCUUUCAAGGUCAUACUUGCCAUGAAGCGUGUGGACCCACUUACUACGGCAUGGGCUGUACACAGAGGUGCCCUGACCACUGCGCCGAACAGCUGUGUUACCCUGAGAACGGACAUUGUAUCGUGUGUGAGGACGGAUGGACCGGUGACCAAUGCCAGUUCAGUACAUCCAACGGUUUAGAUGUCGUCAUUGGUUAACCUGUACGUGUAUAUCUACAAAUACAAUAAAAUAGAACU